AUGAUUCUAUCCAAGUAUCCGGGGUUGAUCCAAAACGAAAUACUUCAAAACAUGAAAUUAUCAGAUUUAUUUCUACUUUCUUUUGUCUCUAAAGGUAUGAAAAAAUUGAUCAAAUCUUCACAAAACAGAAGAUUGAAAAGUAUCAAUUCAAUUGUGUAUGCCGCUGAUGGAAGAAACCCUUUAAGUGCGUUUAUUCCUCGCAAACCGUAUGACGACAUUUUAAUUAUAUUUGAAGAAUUCGAGGAGACGGGAAUUCCCGAUUUUCAGCUGAACGUAUCUGGGACGAUAAUUGACUUCCGAUUAUGUACAAGAGCGCGUAAUAAAACGUUUGGCUUACCCGAAAAUGAAUUCCAUCCAUAUCCUGUGGCAUGUGUUCCCAAAUCUGACAGAGAAUCUGUAAUCGGUCCAUAA